AUAAGUCAGAAUAUGACAAAAUAUAUCAGGAUGAAAUUCUUAGUAAUAAAAAUAAAGAAAUUUGCCAAAAUGAAAUCUGCUAUGUUCUUGAUGAACAUAAUAUUAUGACAAUUGAUUCUAGU